CUCAAGAAAACCAUCCCAAGCUAGCAAAGCCUACCAAGCUUAGCCACAAACCAGUAAGAGCAAUGGCGCCCUCCAAGCUCGCCCUCUUCCUCGCCCUGAACAUGGUCCUCCUCGCCGCCGUGCAGGGCUGCGGGCCCUACUGCCCACCGGUCGUCCCCACCCCGCCGAUCCUCCCACCUUCCGUGCCGUCGACCGGCAGGGGCAGCUGCUCGAUCAACACGUUGAAGCUGGGCGUGUGCGCCAACGUGCUGAACCUGCUGAAGCUCAAGAUCGGCGUGCCGGCGAACGAGCAGUGCUGCCCACUCCUAGGCGGGCUCGCCGACCUCGACGCCGCCGUGUGCCUCUGCACCGCCAUCAGGGCCAACAUCCUCGGCAUCAAGCUCAAUGUCCCCAUCGACCUGACCCUCCUCCUCAACCAGUGCGGCAAGAAGUGCCCCGCCAACUUCACCUGCCCCAUCUGAUCCAUCCAUCCAUGCAUAAUCGUUCUACUAUUUUGCAUGUCAUACACACGCACCAUAUGUAUGUUUUAUCCGCUACAGUUGAUAUGUCAGGCGUUUGCAUGGGCUAGCUCGCUCGUGCAUGCAUGCUUGAUAAGCUUGUGAGAUCAAUGUCAUUUUUUUCUCGUUAUAUGGUAUCUAAAUGCAUGAUUUGCAUAUCUGUAAAAGGAUAUACAUUCUUGUACACGUAUCUGUAACAAAAAGUUUGUUCAAGUUGGGUUAACUCGACCCGUGAUAUGCCA